UUUUCCGUCGGAAUGUCCGUCAGAAUAUCGCUGUUUUCUUGUAGUGAUAGGGCAUGAUCAUCCAAUAGCAAACCCUUCAACAGAAAAGGAAAAGCUCUAAACCAGAUGGAGACCGUGAGCUACGAUGAUUCCAUUUACCUUUUUCGUUUUAGGGUUUAUGUCAUUGUCUGGAAUCGCGUACCUUGCUCAACACUCUUCAUGGAGGUUUUUGUAUCUAUACACAGCCGUUCCCGCAAUAUUCUACUGUAUCUUCCUCUACAUAUUCGCACUCGAAUCACCUCGGUGACUUCACAUGCAAGGAAACGACGAAGAAGCUAUUAAUGUUCUCAAAAGCAUGUCAUCCAAGAACAAACCCUACUUGGAGUCUUUAGUUUGUCAGUUACCCCUGGUACAAGAAACCGCUGAGGAACUACCUCGGUACUCGAUUAAGGACUUCUUCUUCCGAAAGUGGGCUUUUCGGAGGAUAGUAGUUGUCAUGAUCAUAUUGUUUGGGUUGGGAAUAUCAUACUAUGGAGUUCCAUUAACAGUUAGAGACAUAGACGUGAACAUAUACUUGAGCGAAACCCUAAACGCAGUGGUGGAGUUGCCUACUUUCGUUAUCACUCCGAUCUUAUUAGAGAGGUUCAACAGAAGAAGCUCUGUUCUAGUGAAUACAUUACUCGGUGGAGCCUCGGGAGUGCUAUGUUUCAUUCUCAGCCUUCUAGGAAAAACAAGCAUUGCGUUUGCGUUUGAACUAGGGACAUUUUUCUGUGCAAGAAUCGGAUUCAACCUAAUGGCGGUUUAUAUGGUUGAAAUGUUUCCGACAUGUGUGAGAAGUUCCGCAACAAUGAUGUUUAGACAGGCUCUUGUUGUUGGAGGAGCUUGCUGUCCGCUCAUUGCUUCCAUUGGGAGAGAUCUACCAUCAGUAUCCUUUGCGAUUUUCGGAGUUGCCAUGUCGGGUUUUGGAUUGUUCGUUUUGAUUCUACCCGAGACAAAAGGUUCAAGCCUCUGCGAUACAAUGGAAGAACAAGAGAAGAGAGAUCAAACCAUAAACACUAGCCAUUGUUGAUGAAUUUAGAAGUUUAGCUUAUAAAUGCUCUAUCUUCAUAUUUUUUCGAAUAUAUGUGGUGUCUGUGUUGAUGUAAAAGACUUAUAAGAAGUGAGUUGAAGUUGAAG